AUGCAUACACGCACACACAUACAUAUCUAUCUAUAUAUAUAUAUAUAUAUAUAUAGUCGCAUAUGUAUGUAUUUAAAACAUAGUUUUAGUCACUCUCUCUGUUUUUCUGCCAUUAUUUUUUGUAUAAUUCUUUUAAAUAUAUAUAUAUAUAAAUAUAUAUAUAUUUAUAUAUAUGAAUAUACCAUGACAUUAGAAAAUGUUCCCACUUUAUAUCCAUCUUUUGAAGAUUUGAAUAACCCAAUUGAAUAUUUAUCUAGACCAAAUAUCACUAGAUUGGGUUUUAGAUAUGGUUUGAUAAAAUUGGUACCUCCUUCUAAUAUUGUUACUGAUACUAAUAGUAAUGCUAAAUUUGACUAUGUAACAUAUUUAAAUAAAGAUACAAUAUCUUUUAAUCCAAGGCUACAAAAUUUACCUCAUUUGAAUUUAUUAUAUAGAGCGCGUUUAUUUUUUGUUAACCAAUUAUAUAAUUUUUUUGAUAACAUUCAAAUUGAAAAUGUCUUUUUGAGAAAAAAUAAUAAAAAUUUUACCUCUAUUAAACCCUUUUUAUUAGUCAAAUAUAAACCAAAUAAUAAUAAUAAUACUCGAACUGUCCAUUUUAAACUUUAUUUCUACGAUCUAUUUAUCGAAUUAGUUAAACAAAUUAACCAUAUUAAUAACAAUGAAAUAACAAACCACAAUAAAUAUACCACUUUUCAUACAUUUGAUGAUUUAAUUUUACUUCCUCUAACUGAUAUAUUAAACAACAACGCUCUAUGGUUACAUUUGGCAAAAAAAUUUAAAAUUAAUAAAAAUACUCUGUUGAAGAUAUUUGGAAAAUACUUAUCACUUUAUUAUGAUUUUUUAUACCAUUUCAAUAUCCAUACCCACAUCUUACCUAAAAUUCAACAUAAUAGUUUAACUGACCCAGUAUCUCUACUAGAUUCUCACAAUCAACUCAUCCCAAACGACAAGGAAAAUCACACAAUAGAAAAUAUAAUAGACAAUCCAUCAGUGAUGGAUCUUGAUCUUGUAUGCCACAUAUGUGGCUCACAUAUCCUAGACUCCAGAUUAUUUGAAUGCCAAAGCUGUAAUAAUUGGUUCCAUGAAAACUGUUUUAAACUAAAUUAUUCCUACUGUUCAAUCAACUUAGACUCUAUUCAGCUAAAACAUUGUCAUGAAUGUGUAAUAGGUAACUCGAUAUAUGGGUUCCCCAUAGAUGAUAGAUCUUACACUAUAACAGAAUUUAAGAAAACAUUUGGAAAUUCUGAGAUCCCUUCUACUCAGGAAUCAAUAGACCUAGGUAUUCUGGAGAAAGAGUUUUGGUCGAAAGUUAAUAAUUGUACAGGUAACGAAAUAAUCAAAUAUGGUGCAGAUAUACCAUAUCCAAUAGAUAAUGUUUUAAAAAGUUGUGUUUGUAAUAAUAAAAGGAAAGGAAAAUCAAAGGAAAUUGAAUUGCAACCCAUAAAUCUAUUGAAUUUGCCUAAUAAUAAAAAUUCUCUAUUAAAGUAUUGUAAAAAUUUACAAAAUAAAAAGACUAGAAAGAAGAGAAACAAAAAUACUAAUAAUACAAAUACUGAUGAUAAUAAUGAUGUAAAUGAAAUUUCAGGGAUGACAUUACCUUGGUUAUAUGUCGGAUCUAAAUUUUCCACAUUCUGUUGGCAUAUGGAAGAUCAAUACACCUUAUCAGCAAAUUAUCAACAUGAGGGAGCACCAAAGAUUUGGUAUAGUGUAUCACCACAAUCAUGCUUUGAAUUUGGUAAACGUUUAUAUGAAAUGACACCGGAUUUAUUCCUUAAAGACAAUAAUCUGAUUCACCAAUUAACCACUUUGGUUUCACCAUAUGAUCCAUAUUUAAACAAAACAAUUCAUUUUUUUAAAGUCAUUCAGUACCCUGGCGAAUUUAUAAUUACAUUUCCUCAAUGCUAUCAUUCUGGAUUUAACACAGGCUAUAAUUUAAAUGAAGCAGUCAAUUUUACAACUGAUUUUUGGUUAGAUUUCGGUAUGCGGGCAGUGUCCGAUUACAAAUACAUUGGUAAACCGUGUGUCUUCAACAUUUAUUUGUUAUUAGAAUUGAUUCUAAAGGAAUUUCUCACAUUGUCAAAGGUAACCAAUUGGGUAUUAUACAGAGACUCCUAUCAUUUUUUGUUAAAUUAUGUUAAUAUUGAAUUAAAAAGGUUAUAUAGAUUAAAAGAAAUGAACAAUCAAAGAAAUUUCAUAAGUUCAGGCUUGAAUAGUUUUGAAAAGAAUAAUCAUAAAAAAUAUGUUGAUAAUGACGAUGAAAUAAUUUGUAGUAAAUGUCAAACAAUGUGUACAUAUGCCUAUUAUGUCUCAAUAAAGGAAAACAACAGCAAAGAGAAGCCCUGUAAAGCCCUUUGUCUUGAACAUGGACUGCAACAAGCAAGUAAAGAUAGUUUUAAAGAAUUUAAUAUACAUGUGAUACGAGAUGUAACAAAAGUACUUGAAUUACUAAGUAAAUGUAGUAAAAAAUUGGAUCAGUUUUGA